GGAGCCGGCCGGGGUGGCGGGCGUUGGGUGAGAGUUGAAGGGCAGCAGCACCACACCGGUCAUGGUGGCGGUGGCUGGAGCCAAGCCUCACCCCCCCCGCGACCUCUUCGUGGACGUGGACCUGGUGGUCGUCUGGGGCGGCACCCGGGGGGUCGAGGGCCCUCGGGACGCCACAGCAGCGACGGGCGUGCCGAGAGAGAGCGGGCAGGGAGAGGCCCGGGGCACGCGCGUUCUGGCCACGGAAGAGAGCAGGCACUACGGCAACUACGACGACGGCUACUACUACGAAGACGGCUACUACGACGCCGGGUACGCCCACUACGCCGGCGGUGGGGACAGCUACAGCUACCCCUCAGGGAGCGAGCAACAGUUCACCAACAGCAGCCUGCACAUGUAUGACCUGCAAGAGAUCACGCCAGUAGGAAGUAUGUCGUUGUAGGUGAUGGCCGACUGCUAGAAGUGCAAGCCAACGGUAGAAUUGAUCUUAGUUUCUUUCAGGAGGAUAAGAAUGGUGAAAAAACGACGAUGUGUGUGAAGCUCGCUGACGUGUCUAUUGUAGAGAAUCUGAGCUUCAACUUGUUCUCAACGCAUGCUGUUUCUCUGAAGCAACCAAUCCUCUACGACGAACGUGGUGCAACCCUACAAAAUGGACUGCUCUUUGCUUGAGAGGAAAAGCGUCUGCAGCGUAUGCCAUGCGGUUGCCGUACGACCCAUCUGCGACUAUUGUAGACCCUGCUGCUUUGCCUGCAUUCGUGACUGCCCCCGAUUCC